AUGAGGCAAGAGACUCAGUACCCGAGCCAGUACAUUGAAUGCUAUAGAAUGAACUGCCUGCCACACCACCCAAGACCGAAACUGUUCCAGAUCUGGAACCUGGUCAUGCCUUUCUGCAGGAAAAAAAGAAGACAACAAACUUCAGCAGAGGGGGCUACAAGAAGUAUCUCACGUGAUAAGGCAGUGGAGCUGCUUAAGAAAUGUCUAGAGGAACUCCAGAAACGUUUUAUCCUGACUCUUCCAACCUUCAGUGUUCAAAUUAUUGACAAAAAUGGCAUCCAUGAUCUGGAGAAUAUUGCUUUCUCUAAACAGGAUUCCUAA